GUCGUGGCGACGCUGCAAACGCCGGCGCUGACGUGGCCCUGGCAGCGCCGGCGGCACAGCGUGCGGGCUCGUCGGCCACUAAUCCUUCUUGAUCCAAUAUGGCCUCCCCGGUGAUGGCCUUCGUGACAUUCGCAAUGCUAGAUAUGAGCGCCGAGGCCGGUAGCUUUAUGGACAUCGAAGUCAGGCCAAAGUUCGAAGCAUGCCCAAAGAUGGACCACCACGUAGACAGAUGUCGGGAGGCGCUUCUGUCCACACCUGAGCUGGCCGAUGCGAAUGUGGACACCAACAUCGAGGUGCACAGACGGCACUACGAGUUGUGUAUGCUGACGAAGCUGAACCUUACCGCGCGCGAAGCCUUGCUCUGGUGCGAACACAAAGGAUCUCUGGCAAGAAAAAUGGCACUCUGCUACGAGUAUCUAGUGAGGCUGUAUGCACCUGGUGUCUCCGACCACCUCAUUGUGAAAAUUAUAGACGAGUUUCAGGUUUGCUUGGAGAACGCCGAAGGACCGGUGGUCCCCUCAGAAGAGAAGUCUUCCAAAGUGUCCGUAGCCCAUCCGCCACGCGCCAGUGACUUUAAGGCUCAUCGUUAUGAAAACCUUGGUGAAUACAGCAGUGAAGACGACGAAAUCUCCAGUGGCGAACAUGACGAUGCACCCAGCCAUGAAGACAUUGCGGCUGAGGAAUAUCCAAACCCUCACGACGAGUACAGCAAAACAAUCUACGAUAGAGGUAGUCAAAGUGCCAAUUUGUUCAGAGAGGCCAAUGUCAUGGGGCCUCCGAGUGACUACUACUACCCUAGGCGCGAGCACGGCCUCGGCAACGAAACCACCACUGUGAAUCCGCAGCCCAACUCCCUACCUACAAGCCUUGGACCCCGGUCAUAGCCUGCAAGAAGCCUGCGAGAGACCUGAGAAACGACUAUUCGUGGCCUGAUUAGCGGGCGUCUGAUUAUUGCGCUGUGUACAAUUCAUGCGCACGAGAAAACACGCACGGAGGGGAACAAUAAAUGAAAGUCACUAUUGCGUGAAACAUCCAA